AUGGCGAAUGCAGAGGAUAAGCGCAAGUCCGUCCUGAUCACAGGGUGCUCCCCUGGCGGCAUCGGUAACGCACUCGCGCGUGAGUUCCACCGUCAGGGUUUGCGCGUGUUCGCAACGGCGCGAGAUGCGAAGACGAUCGAGGACCUGGCCUCGGUUGGGAUCGAAACACUAAGCCUUGUCGUGGACGAUAAGGAAAAUUAUACCGUUCCCGCGAUGGAGGUGGACCUUGCAGAGGCGCGUGCAACCUUUGAGACCAAUUUUAUCUCCGUGAUCUCCAUGUGCCAGACGUUUUUGCCGCUCCUGAUCAAGGCGAAGGGGACUAUUGUACAGAUCGGAUCUGUCGCGGGAGUUAUUCCCUAUGUAUUCGGGUCUGUCUACAAUGCCUCGAAGGCUGCGUUGCAUUCGUUCAGUGAAACCCUACGGGUGGAAUUGGCUCCGUUUGGUGUCAAUGUGACGACUGUUGUUACUGGAGGCGUGCAGUCGCGCAUUGCCCGGACGCAGCGGAGUCUGCUACCGAACUCGAUAUAUGCUCCCAUUGAGGAUGAGUAUCAUCGCCGGGUGACACAUAGUCAGGACGGUGCCAUGCCUAAUACGGCCUACGCGAAGAGUGUUGUCGCGCAGGUCUUGUACGGCUCUGCACCUUGGCGCUGGUUUUGGCCGUGGGCCCAAGGCCGGAAGAACUGGAUCUGGGAAGGGAACAAGAGUUGGGUGGUCUGGCUUGUGGCUGGAGGCUGGGGAUGGACAGGGCUGUUCCAGCGGAUCAUGGCACGCAUGUUCAAGCUGUAUCGUUUGAAGGGUGCCCGAAAGUGA